GGAAAAAAGAAAGCUAUUGCGGGGAGUUUGAGAGGAAAUGCGGAAGCCCGAGAAAUCUGGCGGAGAAAGAAAAUCGGAGAGCGGGUACGAAAGAGUAUGCAACUAAGAGAUCUAAGGGACAAGUACAUGUAUCCCAAGGACUACGCAUCACGCAUCACGCAUCACACCCUAGACUGAUCAGAAGCAUGGAUGAUCAUCAUUUGUACUACCUGCAGCAACCUGAACAGGAAACACACACAGUCUGUACAUAUGAAGCACUGCAAAUGCCAGCGACGGCGAGCGUCAAUGCCGAUGAUGCCCAGAUGUGGCUUAGCGUGUCAGUUGCUGCUAUCGAUACCGUCUUUUGGCGCGGCCAAUUCGCCUUUUUUUUUUUGCUGUUCGUCGUCGUGUUCACUGCCAUCGCCACUGCUGGGUUCUGGAUUCCUAGACUAUCAUUUUUAUCACUUGCUUUCUGUCACUGUUUGGGCACCAAAGCACAGCACUUGUCUUGCUGUACCCUCUGGUAAUUCAGCGUUGAUCGCCUGCGUCACUCGAUAUGCAGUAGCCCGAUCCGACUCAGACACCCUCCACGAUUUACCAGAAAUAAAAGCUAUCAUAAACGUCGAACGAAUUCAAUUCUUUUCUGCC